AUGCGCACCGGAAGUAACUGGCCAGCUCACCGGAUAUCUGCACGCGGCGCCCCGAAAAGGCCCUUUUCCGUCUCAGAGAAGUGUGGUUCAGAGCGGCAGACACAAGUGAGUUAAAAAUUCACAUUUUCUACGCCUAAAACGCAACUUAGGCAACUAUUCUGUCAUUAUUGGGAGUCGAAAUCGCCCGUCGACCGAAAACUAUCAUUAAAACUCUUCAGCUUUGGCGUUAUGUAGAUUUAUUUCUCAUAAAGGUUUACCCUACGACGGUGAGCUUUAGCAUGUGGCUAGUUUAGGUAGCACAUGUGGAUGCGGCAUGUAGAUGAUCGGUCUCAAUAGAUCACCCACCUAGUACUUUAUUUAAAAUAUAUGCAUCUGUAUACUUUUUUUAAACUUCAUUUUCAAUAAUACAGAAAUCUGUCAUUGUUAGUUUUGUGUUCGCUCGCUAAGUUUAGCUUCUCGGUUCACAAAGCUAAUGUUGAGAGAUUCAGGCAUGAUCUCCGGCCUUACUGUCACAGUCAAGUCAGAUUAUAUCCCGUUAGGUUAUGAAGUAAGGUUUUGUCUUAUAAAAGGAGUUUAGUUACUUUAAAGCAUGUGGCAACUCAUAUGAAGGUGUAGAAUUUUACUAAGAAGGUGAUUCUGCAGUGACCUCAGUUGUGGAGGAUGGUGUUAUUGAACAUUGCAGGAAUCAGAUUGACAUUAAAUUAAGACUGAAACCCCUCUCCGAAGCUGAUCCAGUCUGAUGGCUCGAAUUAUAUUCACACACGUACAGUAUAAAAUGUAGACAAGGUUGAAGCUCGUAUUUACACUCAAAUGUACAAGUUACUUUAGAAACAAAGCCAUGCUAGGUGUCAUUAUCGACCCUUAACUAAAAAUUCUCCACCUCUCCUUUCAUUCUCAGUGACUGAGUGGGAGACCGCCCCAGCUGUGGCUGAGACUCCUGAGAUCAAGCUCUUCGGCAAGUGGAGCACAGAUGAUGUCCAGAUCAAUGACAUCUCCCUGCAGGUAAACAACAACACAAAAUCACUUUACUUCUGUUUUUUCAUCUGUUAUAUUGUUAAAGCGAGGCUAGAGUCACGCCUGAACACUGACCCGUUGUCCCGGUGUGCUAGAGUGCUCGCAGAGGAAACGUCUUUGCUUAUUCAUUGGCUGUAGUCUGCUGUGGCCCAGCCAAUCACCAACUCAGACACACUGACCCUCCAUGCAUGCUGUACAUGUAGAAGACAAUGUUUGAAUCUCUUAACUUAAACCCAUCCGUUGCUCCUCAGGAUUACAUUGCUGUAAAAGAGAAGUACGCCAAAUACCUGCCACACUCUGGAGGACGUUAUGCCGCCAAGCGUUUCCGUAAGGCUCAGUGCCCCAUCGUGGAGCGUCUCACCAACUCCAUGAUGAUGCACGGCCGCAACAACGGCAAGAAGCUGAUGACCGUGCGUAUCGUGAAGCACGCCUUCGAGAUCAUCCACCUGCUGACUGGAGAGGUAUGUAGUAACGGGGAAAAUCUUCACAGAUUUGAUGUCUCUGAAUGCGGUUUAGUGUGUCUGGUUAACACAAGUGAAAUCAGAAGUUUUAUGUGGAAGACUGAGAUUGAAAUAUGAUACAGUCUGAUAUAUGCAGGCAGACAAGACCAUCAGUUCAACUUUGGGUAUUACACCAGAAAUUUGUCAAACCACUUUGUGCGUCAAUUCUGACUCUUUCUUAAAAUUUUGUCCGCAGAACCCCCUCCAGGUUUUGGUGAACGCCAUCAUCAACAGUGGACCCCGUGAGGACUCCACCCGUAUCGGUCGUGCCGGUACCGUCAGGAGGCAGGCUGUGGAUGUGUCCCCUCUCCGUAGAGUCAACCAGGUAUCAACUGAACCCAAAAAUACAACCAAUGAAGUUGUUGCUUUUGUAUCCCUGGAGAUUGAAUUUGAAUAGUGUCCUUUACAACUCAGAGAGAGGACUCUGGAGAACUUGAUUUGUUUUGAUAAACAAAAACCAGUGUUGUCUUAUUUACUGAUGUUUUAUUGUUCAAAGAUACAAGCUAAUGUUUUAAAAGAGAAAUAAACUUUUGCACCUCUUGUAUUCUAUAAAUCUCUCCCAUAUAUAAUACUGAUUUGUAAAGCGAGGCUAGAGUCACGCCUGAACACUGACCCGUUGUCCCGGUGUGCUAGAGUGCUCGCAGAGGAAACGUCUUUGCUUAUUCAUUGGCUGUAGUCUGCGGUGGCCCAGCCAAUCACCAACUCAGACACAUUACUCUACAGAUAUGAGUUACUUGAACCAAAGUUCUGCAUCUGUCUUACUUCUGCUCUCCUCGCUCUCCUCUUCUUUAGGCCAUCUGGCUGCUGUGCACAGGAGCAAGAGAAGCUGCUUUCAGAAACAUCAAGACCAUUGCCGAGUGUCUGGCUGAUGAGCUGAUCAACGCAGCUAAGGUAUGUUUAUCCUGAAGAGUAGGAUCAGUCUGGUUUGAUGUCAAAUAAAAAAGUAACUGCAAUAUUAUUCCAAACUCCUGUCUGUAUUUUUGUGCUGAACAUGUGACUCUCUCCUCAUUUCAGGGUUCAUCUAACUCUUACGCCAUCAAGAAGAAAGACGAGUUGGAGAGAGUUGCCAAGUCCAACCGUUAA